AUGGCCCGGCUGUCGACAUACCCGCCCGUUCCGCGCACCCAUGCACGUGUCGAAACUGUGCACUCCAUACUAGGCUCUCCACCGCUUCAGCAGCAGCAGGCACCGGACGAGGACGCAGAAAUGGCAGAAGAUUGGGACGAAGACCAGACGCUCGUGCACCUCGCCAAUCCGGCGUCGGACGACUCGGACGAGCCAGAAGACGGCAACGUGGACGUUCUACUCGCACAGCUCUCCGAAUCCCUUGCCGCCUCGGAGGCUGCCGGACUGGCGCGCACGUCCGCCCAUCUUCUGCCCGCGACGCGCGCCGCCCGGGCUGCGCAUGCCGACCUUGCCGAGCGCGUCGACCGGCAGCUCGCGGUGGGCGUCACCCAGCUGCGCGCUACUCUUGUCGAGGCCGGAAAACGCGUGGGCGACGAGCGCCCGGACGUGGACGUCGCCGCCGGUAACAAGCGGGACAAGGAGUUAUUUGCCGAGUUGCAGACCCGAUACAGGACCCGCGGCGAAUUCCAGAAACGCAGAGAGGUCCUGAUACAGGAAAAGGUUGCCCAGGUUCGCGCCAUCGUCAAUGAGCUUCUUACCUCCAUCGACGCCCUCACCAACAAGGUAAACUCUAAAGCGCGCGAGUUCGACAAGGCCGACGCCCUCGCCGCCGAGCAGCAGCGCAAGAUGCUCCAGGGGUUGAUGGCACAAGUUUGA